AUGCAUGAUGGUGAUCUAUUGAUCAACACCGUCGCUGAAAAUUGCGAUAACACAAUUGUCGUGGUGCAAGCUGUUGGCCCUGUUGAUAUGGAGAAGUGGAUCGAACACCCAAAUGUGACUGCUGUCGUUUGGGCGAACCUCGGUGUAUACACUAUCGCCAAAAGUCUCUCCGACUACGCACAACCCAAUAUAGUCGUUGAUCCCCAGCCAUACCCGCAGAUCAACUAUACUGAAGGCAUCUCAGUCGACUAUCGUGGCUUCGAGAAGAAUGGAGUCGAGCCUCGUUUUUGGUUUGGACAUGGUCUGUCACACUCAAACUUUACCUAUGGAGCACUUGAAGUCUCUAAACAUGGCAUGCUAGAUAAGGCUUUGAAAAAGCCAAUUGAAUAUAUUGGUAAUGCACCAGGUGGUGACAUGGCUUUGUAUAAUGUUGCUGUCAUUGUUCAGGUAACUGUCACCAAUGACGGCAAUCCGACCAAGGUUCUGCGUGGCUUCGUAGCUAUUCCUAUCCGAGAUGGAGAGACUCAGAAUCGCAAGAUCUAUCCUACCCGCAAAGACAUCAGUUAUUGGGAUGUUGUGCAGCAAACUUGGAUUACGCCCAGCGGUACUUUCAAUGUACACGUCGGCGCAUCAGCAGCAGACAUUCGUGUGGCCUCUAAGUUCACCAUCUGA